ACGUUCACGUUUUAUGACCCUUUGCUGGACAACAUGAUGAGCAUCACCCCUGUUGAGCAGUGGAGGAAGAUUCGACCAGCUGCGAGUCCAGCGUUCUCCACUGGGAAGCUGCGAAAGAUGAAUUCCUUGAUCGAGGACUGCGCAGUAAUGACUGCGGAACACCUGAAAAAGGCAGCGUCCAAUAGAGAAGACAUCGAUGUCAAACAGCUCUUUGGUAACUACACCCUGGAUGUCAUUGCGAGGUGCGCUUUCGCAACAAGGCUGGAUUCUCACUCUGACCAGACCAACGAAUUCGUCACUAGGUCAAGGCAGGCCUUCUCUGGACGCAUCACACCACGCCUUUUCCUGUUAUUCGUAUUCCCGUCCAUAGCAAAGAUGCUAAGACUUCGGCCCUUCAACUCGGACAUCUUUCUGUACUUCAAGCAGAUAUGUCAGAAUAUCAUUAAGGGCCGACAGGACCAACAAUCGCGCCACGAAGACUUUCUGCAGUUGAUGAUGGAUGCUCAGGAAGGAAAUCUUGCGUCUACUUCAGAAAAUACCAGUGAGCGUGACAAUCAGCUCUUCAACCUUGGCUCAGACGUGAAGCCAGAUACUUCGUUUUCGUCGAACAAGAGUAAGACGAUUUCAAUUUGUUUUAAAAGGGUCCUGAAGCAGCCAUCCGUGCUUG